GAAAUGGAUAUUGUGAAACUUGAACAAGACAUUGAUCUUUCUUUGAGUUUAUUAGGUGUUAAACAUGAUAAAAACAUUAGCAUAAAUCAAAAAAUUUCGCUUGAAAAUAAAGUUGACUCCUUGAUCGAAAUUAAAGAAAAAUAUGAAAAAUUGUUAAAAAAACAUCAAAAAGUUGCAGAAGAAUUAAAAAAAUUAAAAGAAAAAGAAGAAACAUAUAAAGGAAUAAAAGAAAAAGCAAAUAUUUGUUUAAGUAAAAUGCAAAUCGAGAUUAACGAAGAUGAGAGUUUAGAACAUAAAUUAGAUAAACUCGAAACAAAAAUCGAU